GAAAAAGAGGAAGGAAAAAAAAAACCAAAAAAGAAAAACAUGGCAGUUGUGGCCACGGUGCACGGCAGUUAUCUUCCCUCCAAAUUCCGCCACAAAACACUCUCUCAAAUCAAACCAACGCCGCCGCCGCCAAUAUUUAUCUCCACAAACCCUAAAGACAUAAACCCUAAUCACCUUAAAAACCUCUAUUCAUUAUGCAACCAUUCUUCUCACCGUUUUCCAAAACUAAACUCAGAAGGUAGAGUUGAGCCUGUAGAUAUCAACAAGCUCAAAAAAGCGUUACUUCACAGCUACGUCGUCGUUUCGGUGUUUACGCGACCCGAAUUCGCACCGGAUUUGGUUCAGUCUCGGGUCGGGUCGGGUUUAACGGGUAUUGGUGGAGAUUGGAUUGGUAAAGUGGUGCCGGUGACGCCCGGUAAUGGAGAAUUGGUUGGUUUUGGACGUGCUGUUUCUGAUUGUGGAUUGACUGCUGCUAUCUAUGAUGUUAUGGUCAUCCCUUCACUACGAAGAAGAGGCAUUGGCAGGAAGAUAGUUCAAAGGAUACUAAGGAUUCUUGCCAACAGAGACAUAUAUGACAUAGCAGCCCUCUGUUCUGAUCAUGAGAAGCUGUUUUUCAGAGCAUGCGGAUUUGGAGAUGAUGUAUUGGCAUCCACUACAAUGAUGUAUACUAGGUCUGCUUCUACCCACUCAGAGGGUGAGCAAAUGGUAACAUGUGCUGGUAGAAAGCUUUUACUAGUUCCAUCAGUAAGCGGGAACCUUAAAAUAUAAUCUCUAUUUUCACGAUCAAGUAAUGCCAAUAGAGCUGAAAUUUCUUCAUGUAAUUUCCAUGAGACUUCAAUUGCAAUCGUCGCUGGAGUGUUGUAUAUUAGCUUCUUUGGAGAGCUUCCUUGUUCUCCCUCUUUCUGUGUCAUUCUUCGGAUUUUAUCAUUUCAAGUAUCUAAAGAAAUGCAUCAUAAUGGCCGUGAAUGCAAAACGUCAGGGCCAAGACAAAGUUGGACAGAAGAAAGAGUGGAGAAGCUAAAGCUGGAAGGUGAUGGAUACUGCUUGGAUAGGGCUGAAUUAUUUCAAAUCUGUCAUUUUCCAGAUGUUUUCUAUGUGUACAGUAAAAUCUCUAUUCUUAGGUGUAGUAUGGAGUAUUAUUGUAAUUGCAGUACAGGCUUUGAACGAAUAGCUAUUGCACUUUCUUGUGGAUCCUGAAAUCAUUCUUUUUA